AUGGGUGUCCCAAAAUGCUUUUUCGACCUCUUUAUUCCUUCCACUCCAAAGUCUCUUCGCUUUAACGCGCCUCCCAAAGGGCGAAGCAGUGUUCAGUCAGCGCUAUCUGAAUGUUUCUCUGAGGAGACAUCGCCACCUGCUGUCCACAAGCCAGUACUGUUGAUCCGGCCCUACGGAGUCGGGAAAGGAAUGCAUGAAAGGCAACGUGGCCAAGGUGGGAUGAAUUCAGAGAUGAGCACCACAUUCAGAGGAUACACUCCAGACCAGCGCUGCUGCCCUGAGAAUGUCCGAGGGCAUCCAGACAUGAAAUCUCAGCUGCCCAAUUCCCUCUUUCCCCCUCCGAAUGUUGCUGUCCCAAAUCAGGGUCUGGGGGCUUUGAAUCUGCGUCCCUGGCUGCCCAGGUUACCCCUCCUUCCUUCUCCAAUCCUCACUGGUUCCUACAGCCUUCGCCUCCUGUUUCCUUUGUCCCACUACUCCCCCAUCACAACUACUCCCAUGAGAAUCAGCACGGUUUGGGGCCAGUGCACACUGUCAACGCCCAGGCUUUCUGAGAUCUUCAGCUUCUGGCGUUCGUUUCUGGCCCAGCUUCAGAGGAUUGAAAACAAGCUUUCUACACCCAGAUGGCACCAGUCCAGUUUGGAGAAAAACAGAGGGUGGCCCUGGUGGGAAGAAAGUGUGGGUUUCGGUAGCAACAGAAGUUAUGAUGACGUCUUUGUGAGAUCGGCAACCCCAGGGAUCGUCUGUGAGAUGGCAGACCUGGGUGGCCACAGAUUUGAGAAAAAAUUUCUGUCUUGGAGGGAAGACAGAACCAGUAGUACUACCUAUUCCUGGCCGAGAGAGAUGGAGUCUCUCGAAAACCAUUAUGCAGAAAGUAUUUCUCCCAGAUCCACUGUGGUCCAGGACAUCCCGGAGCCGAGCUCCUUGAAGCGAAGCCUGCGCAAAGCAAUGGUGGGAGAGGGUUUGGCUGAGUCUGGAGCUUAUUCAAUGCAGAAGACCAUCAGGCCAGUAAGAAAUAUGCAGCUGCUGAGUGACGCCACCCAGAUAAAAUGGAGGAGCCAGCCAGCCACAGAAGGCUUGGGCUCUGCGGUACAUACUCUUCGGUCCCCAGAAGGGUCCAGCCCACCUCCAAGCUCUCCUUGUGGACCUUGGAAGGACAGAUCACCCCAGACUCUGGGGUUUUCCAGGAAGAGUCCAAGCAAGUGUUUUCUGGGAAGCCUGAGAGAACCCUCUCCUGACUAUAGGCUGGAAAAACUGAAAGAAAAGAUCCAAGCACAGAAGCAUCAAGGCCCAAAUCUCCCAUGGGCCCCAAACCCGUCUCCCUCCUGCCUUACUGGAAGAUCACCUGGGAAGCAGACGCUGAAGAAGAAGGUUCGAAAAGUGGCAUUUGCUCCACCACCCCCAGUUUACAGAGGUUUCAGUGCAGUGACACUAAAGCCGAAGUGCUCUGUGGAAGGAGAAGUGGAAAACUGGAAUGUUGGCAUCUAUGGAAUCUGUGGGCCAAGAAACCAACCUGCAGGCCCAAGAGAAAAAAUCAAAGCGGUCAAAAGCCAUCAUGCUGUCCACACGAAGGGGUCACCCAGGUCAACGGCCCCUGGAAGAACCCUGAAAGACCAAGAUAUGAACCCAAUUGGCACUUCUACAUGGAGAAAAGGACAGGAGCUGGCCAGAUCUCUGCUUGGUCCUUUGCCCACAUUUCCCCAGCAGGAGCAUCUGCCCCCUUCAGAAGACAGGGUCCCAGAGAAGGAAUCAGAGAAAGUGGAGGGGGUCCUAACAACUGAGCAGAUGCCAGCCUCAUCUCAGGUCCCAGGAAGCCCCACAAAGGACAGGCCCGCUUCCAGAGGACGAUUGGUUCCUGAAGACCCACCAGAUUUGUUUCAAUCUGCUAGGAAUGUGCUGCCGAGAAAUGCCCAGCAGGUGCUGAGUGAUCUCCUUUUUCUAAUGCUGGCCAGUGUGGGGAGCGGGCAAGCACAGCCCAGCAUCCCAAAAGGUGCUCCGGAGGGACCGGUUGGAGAGCCCAUUCAGAGUUGGAGGCCCCAGCCCUCAGCGAUGAGAACAGACCUCUCUGAAGGGAGAGGUCGAUCCCCCAAGGGAGGCAAAGCCCAAUGGAAGAAAUGCAGGAAAGAGAAUAUUGUCCAGCCACCCAGUAAGAAGACGAACAGAGGCCCCACCCAUCGCUACACCCGAGAAGAGGUGUGGGAAUUCAUGAAUCAGCAAAUUACCCAGAGAAAGAGAAAGCACCUUGAAGAGAAGAAAUCUUUACUGAAAGCCCUGGAGCUGAGAAGUCGAAGGCUACAGGAAGUAUAUAAGAAGCAGAAAGAGGCUUUCUCCAGGAAGACUAAUUCAGGCACUCCCCAGAGGGCCACCAGGAAAGACUGGGCAUCUCAGCUUCCAGCAGAACCCCAGCGAUCCAGGGCCAGGGAGAUUGGAAAGAGCAGUGAGAAGAAAGCUUUGAAGGGGGCAGUAUUAACGGCAGGGGUCUUGCCGGAAAAAGAGUCACCGGAAGACAGUUUCCUCCAGUAUUUGAGCAAGGCCUUGACUGACACCAAGACUAAUGAAGUUCUAGAAGAAGGCUUGAGUUAUCCGUCUUCUCUUCUGUCUGGGAAUGGAACCCAUGGCCCUUUGAAGCUUCAGGACCUGAGCGUCAGCUGCUCACAGGCCCAGGACUCUUCAUCCCAGAGUCUGCCUCCUUGGCUGAGCAAUAUGAAUGUGGCCCACAAAUCCACCUCUCCUGGAGACCCGUCCAGCUUCUGGCUCUUCCAGAACAAAAGAGCCAGGGUGCAGGCCCUCCAUGCCACAGCCGAGGACCUUGGGGAGAGGAUUGAGAUGGCAUCAGAGCAGCUGAACUUCCCAGCUGCCUCUGGAACAGCUGGUGGGCAAUCGGGAAAGUGGGCCAAACCAUCUGAUACCAGCAUCUCACCAAAGCAGGAGCCUCCCGAGGAGGUGAUCCCCACAGCAGUGAUGGCCAAUGGGUCCCGAAGGGCAGACCCCACUCAAAAAGGCUCGUGGGUGUCAGGAGAGCAGACGUCAUUCACAACAGCAUCCUUUGAGGGUAAUGAGGGAAGAGCAGCUUGGAGAAGUGGAAGAGAUGGGGUGGAAAUGAAGAGAAGGACCAGGGCCCCAUUUUCCUGCUCCCCCUUGGUUGGUGAAGAAUUAACAUGGAACUUUGAUUCAGAGAAGCAGCAGAGUGUUCAUCGUGGGAAAGAUCUGAAACACCAGUCUGAAGGUCUUACCAAGAGUGAAGAUGGGGCUGUGGAAAAUCCAAUGUUGAAUACCACCGGCACUCCACAAGGAUCCUUCAGGAGGAGAUCACAAUGGGAAACAUCAAAUCCAGACUACUUGCUUAUUGCUGCAAUGAAAUGUCAGAAGCCAGAGGAAAUGGCUGUAUUUUCUCCUGGAAGCUAUUUUGGAAGCCCAAGUGGGAAUAAUGGGAUCCGGUCAUCUUUCCUGCAUACUAAAUCAGGAAUUGAAAGGAGUUCGCUCUUGACAAUGGGUGGAGGGAAUCAAUACAAUAGUUAUCCCAGAGAACCAUAUAUGAACCAUCUUGCCAACGUGAAGCUGAAAUACCAUACUUUGCUUCAGACAUUAAAGCUCCAUCAGCUGAAACAAGAGCAAGAGAUGGCCCUUCUGAAGCUGAGAGCAGAACUGGAAUCCCGGGAAGCUCAAUCGUCUUUGGAGGAAUUGCUCUUCUGGCAUCAGUUAAAGUAUUUUCACAGAAGCAGUGCAAUAGGCCCUAGAAUAGUAAACAGGGUGGACAAGUGGAAGAGAAUACAGACUCAAGAGAAUGAUGAACUCCCAGUCUCUUCUGCCAACAUCUCAGCUGGGUGCAGAACAAACAAAUCCACAGAAGAAACCCCAGGGAUGAGGAGGAAGUUACAAGGGGAGCUACUGAAUGGUGCAAUAUCUACAGUUGCAGGGGCUCUGCCUGGGAAGCAGAGGCCGGCUUCUCCCUGGCCACUGUCCUGGGGUCUUCUGCCCCCACCCACAAAUGAAAGGACCAGUGCAACACCUGUAGAAGUUGACCCUGAAGACAGCAUCGGGCACGUCACAGAUGUCCCCAGCCAGUGGAGUGAAUUCAGUCCGGCUGAAUUUGGCUGUUUCACCUCAAAGAUGAUUGAGCAGUCCCUAAAGGACGAAGCGGAACGAGCCAGACACCAGGCAGACCUCCUCAGACUCCGGGAGAAAGCACUCCAGGAGAAAACCCGGGCGGAGCUGGCGUGGCUGGAGCACCAGAGGGUGUCUCUGGGAAAUAUGGGCAACCAUAAAGCCGCAUCCGCCAUCAUGGAGAAGCAGCACAGAAUCCUAACCAACCUGCAGCAGGAACAGGUAGAAAUUAAACACCUGCAGAGUGUCUCCAGCUCAGCUCAUCAGGAAAGGAAUCUUUUACUGAAACAGCACAAAGACAUCUUCACUAUGCAGCAGUCAACAGUUCUUCUGCAACAAGAGUUGCACAGUUUGGCUAAAAUGUGGCCGCCUCCCGACAUUCAGACAGAUGUCAAAGGAGCAUUAUGGCUGAAGGGAGAGAAGAGUCUGAGGCCUGGGAUAUCAGCACUGAGUCUGGAAGAAGCCAUGAACUCCAAAGUGCCUGAUACGGCAGAAAAGCAAACUGGUCAUGUUCCAGAAGGAAGAAAGCAAAGACAUAAGGAUAAAAACUGCUGCUCUGAGAAGAAGGAUCCAUGGAUGUCCUGCAGGAGGUUCCUGGCGAGCCCACACACACAGUUGCAAGGAUGCGAUGAGGAAGAAAGCAAAACUAGAGACAACCACAAUGUGACUGAUCCCAAAGAGCAAAUCUCGAGCCAGAACUUGGGAGAUGAUGUCCACGAAAGCAAAGAAACUGGUGAGGAAUAUUGUGUUCUCCCACAAUAUUCUGAGGAAGUGUGCCUUUUAAAAUUGAAUGAAGAUCCAAAUCGUGUCUUCACCAAGCCAAGAAUGGAUGAAAGUAAGUUUGUUUCAAAUCAUGAACUAGUUCCUAAAGACAAUGAGUUUGAGACCCGAAGUGUACAAAAAGAUGAACCUGAAGAAGUCUUCCUCCCCUUAGCACUGAAAGGGAGCCAAAUGUUCAUAAAAAGUGAACCAGUUAUAAAGGAAAGAAGUCAAAAAUUACCUACAGAAGAGGAAGAACUUUGCUCUGAUCAGGAGGUUAAUGACAGCCAUAUAAAUCAAGAAUGGUCUGUACUGAAUUCAGAUGACAUCAGAAACCCCACAUCUCAACCACCCGAGCUGGAAGGGACGCUAACCCAAGAACAGAGGAUAAAGGAAGAGCUUGGCAUCCUGUGCAUUGAACAGAAAAGUGCUCAGAUCUGCAAAAUCUCUUCCCUCCAAGAUAGUUCAACGAUCAAAGGAAAUGAAGAAAAGAAAGAAGACCUGGCCCAAUGUGAGAAGAGUGGCACUGGAGGAAAUAAGUUACCUACACUUCUGAAUUUGGCCGUGUUGGCUUCUUCUGAGGAAGGAUCCAUGCUAAGAACCUAUCCAGAAGACCUUACUGAGGAAGUGGCAACAUCAUUCCUUAAUCCCUCACUGGAAUUUGAAAGUGUAGAGUCAGAUUCCUCCUUUGGAUUUCAAAAGGUGUCUGCGGUCUUAAUCGACAUUUCAGAGAGCUCUUUUUCAGAGAAUGACAUAGAACAGGAUGAGGAUACAGACCUCGACCAAUCAGAGGCAUCCACUGAUGAAGUCCAAUCAUGUGAUAAGUGGUUUCCCCAUCCGCUGCCUAAGAAACACAGAGUUAGUAACGAAGGAAACAAGUUAAUGAGCGGGUAUCACUGCAGUCGACCACAGCCUGGUAGUGGGUCCAGUUAUAAAACCACUCUGGGCUUGCGAAAGCUGGAAGGAAAAAGUGAUAUUAUGGAAAAUAUCUUUGCAUCUGACUCCAAUUUUGACAGUUUAGCUGGAAGGAAGAAGCAACCGGAAAGUGUAUUAUGGACAGAAUCACCACUGCUUCUACCUUACAAACCAACCCACGAAGGAAAGGGGGGAUUUUUAGAAACUUCUGAAAGAGUUUUGCAAAAGGACAAAGGAGAGGAGACCUUUUCUGAACAAAAUGCAGGUGUUGACUCUUCAUCUGGGACUUCCCCAUACUCGAAAGAAUUUUCUGGGCCAGUCGAGGAUUUGGAACAACAGGGUUUUCUCUCUGUUGUUGGCAGAGGAAUAGGGCAGAAAGACCGUGGAAUUGAUUUUCCAUCUGGACAGAAUAAGGAAAAAUCCAGAUGUCCUUCCCCAGAAAGCUCCUUUAUGUCACUUCAACCUAAAAAUUCCAAAGUAAAAGGCCAAGUCUUUUCAUUUCCUUUAAGAACUCUCCUGACUCCUCAAAAUUUGCCAGGCUUAGAUACCAAACAUAACUCUGGAGAAGAUCUGGGAGGAGCAUCUUUUUCUGCUGAAAUUAUAUCUCAAAAGACAUUAGCAGCUAGGGAAUCCACACCCCAUGAAGCUGAACUUGAUGCAUCUGAUGCCGAAAACUUACCAACAAGGAUCGAACAUCAUGAAAAGGAAUCUGUAACAGAGCUACCAAUUUCAAAGAAAACUAACCUAGAGCCAGUUCUUUCUAUUUCACCCAGAGAGCUGGCAUCUCAUCCAAAGAACUGCCCAGCUAGGAAUGGAGAUGAUGGCAGGGUUAUCCAGGGCAGGGAUCUUCCCUACCUCAGUACAGAUACCUUGUCUGAAAUCCUGUCACCGGUUAAUGAAGUGCUUUCCUACGGAAGUGCUGACCUGCCAUCAUCCAGCCUGAGGGAUUUCUCGUUUCCCAGUGAAGAACUACCGACGCCUCCUGAGGAGCAUCUUUGGGCACAGAAUGAUGAGACCAACUUUGACUUAGAUUUCCCAUCUCCACCAGAAGAAGUGUUGUCUUCAGAAGAUAGACAUUCACCCCAUACUCUAGCUGAGGAGUCAUCCGUUAAGAUUCAAGAAAUGCCCCUAUUAUCUGAUGAUAUUUUGUCAGGAGAUUUGUUCCCACUGCCUCUAGAACUAGAGAACUCAUGUGGUAUUCAGGAUAGGCAUGCUUUGGGAUGUGCUGGAGCAAAAGUAAAUAGCUCUGAGGAAAAGGAGGAAUCACCGAGCCAUUUAAUACAGAAAGAAAGCAUCCCCAGCCAGCAGCAAGAAUUAACCUGUUUGUCGACUCCCUCUUUUCACCAAAAUGUCUGUAAAAGUCCUGAUGUUUUAGCAAGAUCACCAGCACCACUUUACAAAAUUGAAGAAGAGAAUAAUUCCCUGUCAAUGUACAAUACUGGAAACGGAGUAUUAGUGAAGACCCCUGAGACUGGUACUCUGAAAUUUGAAGAGUGUUCCCAGUUUGCCCAAGACUUCAAGAUUGCCGUGGAAUUUGGUGUGAAGAAAGAUUGUGAUGGAAACCAGGAAAGAGUAGAAUGCUUGGAGGGUGCCAGGGAUUGUGAUGGGUUUGUUAGACCAGAUCAAAUUUCACUUUUUUUGGCAGACCAAGGUGAUAAUUCAGACUAUCCUGGGGAUGAACAUCCAUUUUCUUCCAGAGUACCCUCAGAGCACAGUAAAUACCUUGAGGAUGACAGCUUUUUUAUGGAAAUACAACCAAAAGGAAGCUCUUCAGCAUCAGCAGAUAAUCCAUCUAGAGCAAUAGAGCUAUCAUCGCUGGAAGCAGAAUGUGGUUUAACCAGUAAUCAAUCUGUGCAUAACCAAUUGACUUUUCCAGUUCUCCCUCAAUGUUUACGCACCAGAAAAGAAAAAAAGCAGUCAGCAUCUCCCAAGAAUGAAGAGGAAGAAUUACUUGAACGUGAUGUCCUACCAGUGAAAGACCAGGAAAGUGACCUUAAAAAUAAUUCUGGGGAGCAGAAAGUUAACCAUAGAUUAUUCCAGAGCCAAGGAAGAGAUGAAAUUGUGGAUUUUGUCUCCACUGAGCUCACCAAAAGAAUAUUAGAAGAUACUUUAAUUGUAUUUUCUGAGUUAUCUAAUCAUGCCAGCCAUUGCUAUGCAAAUCAGCUCUGAUAUAAAUCCAGCUGA